GAAUCGAAUUGGGCUUGGAAGCAAACCGUCCACAUACUCCACACCACACUAGGUGACAGGCUUGGAACCGUACGCAAUGAGAAUUCCAAUCACAAAUUCUAUUAUUACAGAAUUCCCCAACUUCCGUUGCUUUAAAUCCAACUUUAUUCAGAAAACAAUUGCAAUAACACAAUUAUAGAAAGAUUCGUUACUCAAACAAUGCCUUCCUUUUUUCAUUUUUCUGGUUUUUGUACACUCUUAUUUAACAUAAUAACAAGAACAACACGAAGAAGAAGAUGAAGAUUGUAGGAAUAGUAAUUUCUGGGCAAAGAAAAGAAAACUACUAUUUAAGGAAAGAUGGAGUAUAAAUAACAAAAUCCAAAUAAUACCUUGCUUUUUUGGUUUGUUUAACAUAAUUCAAAGAUAACUAUUUCAAGAAAUCAUCGCUUGGAUUUGCUUAUGAGUUUGGGAGAUUGUUGAUGGAGAAGACAUUUUGGGUGUCAAAAUUACUUACUUGAUUAAAGAGAUAAUAGUGUAAUCGUGGUGUGAUUAAUGUGGAUUGAGAUUAAGUUGUGAAAGUACCUUGGUGUUGAACAAGUUUGGGAAAAACAUUUUCCUUGGAGAUUUCCCUGUAUGUACGUAUGGACAUUUUGUCCGUUGAUUAAUGAACUAGCUCGUAUUUCCUAUCGAAGUAAAAAGUGUAAACAAGACAAGAGUUGUAGGUACGGAGACAAGUUUUUCAUUUGAUAGGAUGGAUGCAAAUGAUGGGUCAUUCCCUAGAAAAUUAGCUCAGUGUAGGAUUUGCCAUGAUGAAGAUGAAUCGUCGAACAUGGAAGCACCAUGUGCUUGUUGCGGUAGCUUGAAGUAUGCUCACCGUAGAUGUGUACAAAUGUGGUGCAAUCAAAAGGGUGACACUGUCUGUGAGAUUUGCUUGCAGCCAUAUAAGCCUGGAUAUACUGCGCCACCCCCUAGAUUGCCCUUUGCUGUCAUUCCCGUGCGUUUGAGGGAACCUUGGGAAUUUGCAACAAGUAAUCAAUAUAAUCAUCCAUCAAUAAUUGCUGCACAGAAUUUCUUCGAUCACAGACUUGAUGACUAUACAGCUCCCACUGCAAGCAUAAUUUGUUGUCGGAUCAUUACAGUCAUAUUUAUGAUUUUGGUUGUUCUACGCCAUACUCUUCCUAUUGUAUAUAGUGGUGCCGGAGAAUACUCUUUUACCUUAUACACAUUAUUGAUGCUGCGGACCAUUGCUAUUCUUCUGCCGAUGUUUGUCAUGCUUAAAGCAUGCAGCAUUAUACGCCAUCAUCGGAGACACCGACAGACACCUGCAGCAUUUUAUCACGCUUCAUCAGAUGAAGAAAAUGAGCUAGCACAGCCACAGAUUUCAGCUCAUGUGAUCCGCAUUCAGUAAUUUACAUGAUCAUCAUCUGAUAGAGCAGACCCUCACUGUGGCAAUUUCUGAUUCAUCAUAACAUUCAUAAGCGCCUGACCAAUUCCAAAUCAAAAGAAUGAUCUUUUGUCAAACUGAAUGCACAUAUUCUUGGAUAAAGGCAUGAAUGGGGUUGUCAAAAGUGCUGUUGUGGUCUUGUGGAAGUCAUAGAGGAAAGAAGGAUGUCAUUUCUUCAGCAUAUGACUUCAUUAAAGGGAAAUUGUAUCUCGCGCUCUGCAGAUGUAAAUAGUAGUAUCUCAGUAUCUGUAUAUAAACUCAUUUAUAAGAAGCUCUUUAAUCUCAGGCCUUUAAUGGUUAGGAAAAUCCGAAAA